CUUUUUCGCUGCCAUCCUGCUGUGUGCUGCGCGGUGUUAAUUGACCAUGUCUUCUCACAAGACUUUCAGGAUCAAGCAAUUCCUGGCCAAGAAACAAAAGCAGAAUCGUCUCAUUCCCCAGUGGAUUCGGAUGAAAACUGGUAAUAAAAUCAGGUACAACUCCAAAAGGAGGCACUGGAGGAGAACCAAGCUGGGUCUCUAAGGCGUCCCACAUCACGCGAUGACACACCUAAUUGGCACCACGUAUUUAAUUAAGCUACUUGAGGAUCAU